CUGUCACCGGCUCCUUGGAGGCAGUUGCCGGAGGGCUUAAUUCAUAAAAGAUCCCAGUCAAAGAGAGCAGCGUUUCUGUGCUGCUUUCAAAUGCUUCAUCGCUAGGACUUUUCUUAGGCAAGUAAGUGGCUUGGGACUUACGGAGACAACCUUGUCAAGCACCUAAUUGUGCCAUCCGUGCGAUGCCAGCAAGCUCCAGUCACCUUACAGGAGUGAAGUCAGCGUUCAUAUACGCUGUGUGGUCUGGCAGCUGGGCUUGUGUCUCCCAAAGGGAUUGUGGAAUGUUACCUCGCCAGGCAUUCAUUCCUCGUUUGGAAAAUCGGCUCCAAAUGAACUUUCUUUCCGUGCUGGGUCUGCAGAACAUUUCAGAAGCGGAGCUAGCAAUACGCUUCAACUUUUUCCUGUGCUUGCAGCAGGAGAUGGCUAAAGGGAGCUACUGCACGGUGGUCUUUGGAACGUAGCUCAAGGAAUAGAGGUCAGCUGCCUAGAGCGGUGCACACAGGGCGCAGGCUGGCUUUUGUACUCUGAGGCUCAAGGUAUUUCCCAGUGCCUGAGCCAGGGGAAAGUGGGGGAGGAAGGGAAGGAGCUGGAACUUGGAUCACUCUUCUGGAGAGUCGAGAUAGAUAGCCAUACAAUGGAAAUUAGUGGCUCCCUUGGGGGAAAGGAUGGUCUCCGACUCCCGGCUGUGCAAUUUACUCAUUGUUUGAAUGGACAAAAGGCAGUUUACCCAGGCUCAAAGCAUACCUGCCUGGGUGUCCAAAUGUAACUAGAUGCUUUCGCAAACCCCACCCACAAAACAACACAUGUUCUUAAGUCCUCAGUUUUGUGUUCACCUCGGCCUCAUAGUACCCACUCUGACCUGCUGAGUAAACGACCCGGGACCUACCAAAAUGACCGCACCUGCAAUAAAGAUACACAUCAUGUCGUCUUCACAUCUCUUCUACCUGGCGCUCUGCUUGCUCACCUUCACCAGCUCCACCACAGCUGGACCAGAGACCCUUUGCGGGGCUGAGUUGGUGGAUGCUCUUCAGUUCGUGUGUGGACCAAGGGGCUUUUACUUCAACAAGCCCACAGGCUAUGGUUCCAGCAUUCGGAGGGCACCUCAGACAGGCAUUGUGGAUGAGUGUUGCUUCCGGAGCUGUGAUCUGAGGAGACUGGAGAUGUACUGUGCCCCACUGAAGCCUACAAAAUCAGCCCGCUCUAUCCGCGCCCAGCGCCACACUGACAUGCCCAAGACUCAAAAGUCCCAGCCCCUAUCGACAAACAAGAAAAUGAAGCUGCGAAGGAGAAGGAAAGGAAGUACAUUUGAAGAACACAAGUAGAGGAAGUGCAGGAAACAAGACCUACAGAAUGUAGGAGGAGCCUCCCGAGGAGCAGAAAAUGCUAUGUCACCGCAGGAUCCUUUGCUGCUUGAGCAACCUGCAGAACAUCGACACACCUACCAAAUAACAAUGACAAGUUCAAUAACAUUUCAAAGACGGGCAUUUCCCCCAAUGAAAUAUACAAGUAAACAUUCCAACAUCGUCUUUAGGAGUGUUUGUUUAAAAAGCUUUGCACCUUGCAAAAGUGGUCCUGGCGUGGGUAGAUUGCUGUUGAUCUUUUAUCAAUAACAUUCUAUAGAGAAAAUAUAUAUAUAUAUAUAUAAUUAUAUCUCCUAGUCCCUGCCUCUAAAGAGCCGAAAAUGCAUGGGUGUUGUAGAGAUUCGGUUGCACUAAAUUCUUCUCUGAAUUUUGGCUGCUGAAGCCAUUCAUUUAGCAACUGUGUAGAGGUGGUUUAUGAAUGGUUCCGUCAUCUUCACUUCUUCCCACAUAGCUCAAGCUGCUUGUUUUACAGAGUCUAGCUCCAUUAGACCUGCCCUUUCCUAACAUUUGUAUUUGUUGAAUUUGGUCUCCUCAAAAGCAAUAGCAAACAAGUAGUCAAAUUUGAACGUACCUGACUCCAUUUGUGGCAUUUGUACCAAAUAUAAGUUGAAUGCAUUUAUUUUAGACACAAAGCUUUAUUUUUUUUGACAUCGUGUUUCAAGAAAAAAAAAAAAACUAGGAUAACAAUAACUACAACUUUGAGGCCAAUUAUUUUUAGGUGUGUGUUUGAAGCAUAGAAUGUCUCUUAAACUCUCAAUGGUUCCUUCAAAUGAUAAGUUAGUAUGUAACCUAAGUAUAGCAGUUUCUCUCUUUUUUAUUUUUUUUCCAUAUAGAGCACUAUGUAAAUUUAGCAUAUCAAUAAUACAGGAAAUAUCAAACAGUAUGUAAAACUCUGUUGUUGUUGUUUUUUAGUACAAUGGUGCUAUUUUGUAGUUUGUUAUAUGAAAGAAUCUAGUCAACACAGUAAAAGGAGAAAGCAAAGCAAAAACAACGAAAGCCUGGAGCCUAAGAUGACAAAAUGAGGAAGGGAACAGAAAAAAGAUCCUUCCUCUUGGGAAUGCAAAGGCCUCCCCAAUUAUGCCUUCCAAGAGGAACUUAAUAUAUAAAGUCCAUUAAGACACACUUACUUGUCAAGUCCAGAGAGGAAGCUAUGGAGUGGGAAAAGCAAGAGGCUAGGGGUUUUGGGAAUCCUGGUUUCUUUUUAUCACUGAAGAAAUAAGUAUUUGCAACCUCGGUCACACAAACUCACCACCGUGUGACCUCAGUCAAGUCACUCCACCUCUCGGUGCCUCAGUUUUCCUCAUCUGCAAAAUGGGGGCAAUAUGUCAUCUACCUACCUCAAAGGGGUGGUAUGAAGAUUAAAAAGUAGAUCUUCAGAUUUUUGUUCUGGGUUUCCAGGAGGGUGCAACAUCAGAACCCUUGAAUUGCUAGGAUGCAAGAAAUUCUGUAAAUAACCCAUCAAAAAUAUAGCUCCAAGGAUCAUUCAUCUGUCACUAGGAUGCCACCACAAUAUCCAGUUUCUUAUUGGUGAAGCCUUGCCACUAACUAGUGGCAAGCUAAUGACUCAGUCUCUCCAACAUGUGACAAAGCAAGAGACAUUGGAUUUGCAAUUUGAUUUUACCUCUGCAUUUGAGCUUAUGACUAUAAAGACAAGUGAAAAGAAGGGAAAGAGGAGAAAGAAGAUCCUUGCCAAUUAAAGGGUAAUUAAUUAUUCCAUUUAUCCACUCUCAUUAAUCCUUCCAGUCACUUAGUGUCUAGAAAUAACUCUAACAUUAUCAAUGAGACUUAGCUAGUUUGUCAGACACAAUUCUCCUUCCCCUUAGCAUAUGAAAAACACUCUGAUGUUCUUAAACUUUGAAAUAGUAUCUAUUACAAUCACAAGUUGCCGUAGCAGAUGUAGCCUUGCCCUUGCUUGUACAUGCAUGUAUUUUUUUUUGACUUUAUGAAAUAUGCUGGCAAGAAUUGCUACUUGAGGGGCAAAAUAUUUUCUUCUCAAUCCUGAGGUUCUCCCUAGUGCCUGCUUAGAAGGAAGAAUCCAGCUUCCUGGAAGUGUGUUGGAUGCAUUCAACAGGACAUUGCUAACCAGAAACAUUUAGAAAAUGUUCCCUAUGUAUGGAGCAAGAUUGCCUCCCUCUUUAAAAAAAAAUCCAAUAUUCACAUCUUAUUAUCUGCAGUCUUGAUUCUCUUUUUGCAAGCUUCCUUAACAUUCUUAUACAAUGUAUUAAGAAAAACAAAAAGGACAACUUUAGCUCUCCUUGCACCAGGUUGCCUCUAGACCCUCUGGGGAACAGAAGGUGCUGUUGAGUAAAGCCCUCAGAAUGAUUGGGUUUAAGGCUGUCAGGGACGCUGUACAUCCCCUGGUUACUAUAGAGCUGUAAAUAGAACAAGAGGCCUGUUGGCCACCUACCUGCUUCCUCAGAAGGAUGCAGGGGAAAGUUGGGCCCUCUCACACCCCAGGUAGAACUUCUGACUUCUACCUCUUGUUCACAAUGUAUAUACCUUUUCAAAUUGGUAAUUCCCUAAAAACAUAUAGGUGGCCUUCUCCAGAUCUGUGGACUUCCCGCCAUGGCUGGAUUUGGUGCUUCCAAGUGUCUAUCACGUAUUUUGCUCACUUAAUUCUAUACACAGUCAGAAAUUCUCUCAAUGAGGAAAGCUUAAGUACACAGUCCUUUAUCCAAUACCUAAUUCUCUCCAACUGGAUCCUAAAUCAAGUAAUAAAAAUUAAUUAUACUAAUUAAUCAUACUAAAUUAUCAUUUAACUUUUAAAUGAAUGAACACUGUAAGACAAAUCUAUGUAAGUUCUGAAAGCCAAAUUAUCCUUAUGUGAUUAAUCAAAAUGACUCAAGAUCAAUAGAAAGGGACAUUUAAAAUUUUACAACUUGAAAUCUUGUAAGCUUUGCUAUGGAGGUAAAUUGUUUUAGUGUCUAUAAAUGGAGCAAUUUAAAUAAAUUUACAAAAGAACUAUAAACAACGGUAGGAAAGAAUUUUCAUUUGAUAGGAUUAUUGCUAAUUUACUUAAAAAAUACUCAAUGCCUAGGUCAAAUGUUGAUCCUAUUCUCCAAAGAAUAUCAAGUGCUUGAACUUUGUAAGAUGAGUCAACUCCACUGAAAAAGUUAAUGCAUCUCUCCAUUAUAAUCCAUUUUCCUGGGAUAAAAAAAAAAAAUCUGUUUUUAAAUACCUACCCUACAGGUACCUACCCUACAUGCGCAUUUGUGUGUAUAUACGUGCACGCAGACACACCACACCACACACACACCUAUUCACCCUAAGAGUAAGAAGGAAUCAUUUCAUUGAAAAUCCUAUCUUUAAAAAAAAAAAAAAAAAAAAGCAAAGUGCCCCUUGAGACUCCUUCUCCUUCUUUGAAUGUCAAUGUGAAAUGUGGCAUGUCUGUGUAGAUGAACCCAUCUCAUAUCCCAUGGCUCCAGGGUUUCUGUUAUGGUUUGUGCACUUGGGAGGAUGUGCAGAAGACAGGAUGCAGCAUGUUUUGCUUUCCCCUUUACUGUUUGGCCAGCUAUGCCAAUGUGGUGCUAUUGUUUCUUUAAGAAAGUACUUGACUAAAAAAAAAAAAAAAAAAAAAAAAAAAAAAAAAAAAAAAAAAAAAAAAGAAAAAAGAAAAAAAAGAAAGCAUAGACAUAUUUUUUUAAAGUCUGAAAACAACAGUUCUAUAGUAGAUGGCUUACUGAGAUAGCAUUAGAUCUAGCCACCAACCUAGUCACCACCUUUCAACUAUGUGUCACUCACAAGUAGAAUAUUGUUCACCAAGUUGUGAGUUUGGGGGUUCAGAGACAAAGGAUGGAAAAGUUUUAAAGUUAGAUGGCUCAAUUACUUCAUUGGCUCUAGAAUUUAACAAAAUUAGCAAUACUUCACCCAAUCUGAAGUGUUGGUCAAUAACUUGAACUGGGGGGAGCGGGGAAGGAAAUAACUUUAGGCAAAUGGCAGAAGAAAAUAAGUUACUACUUGCUUUUUUUGUUGUUGUUGAUUGUUUGGUUUCCUGUUGAUUUUUGGUUUUGGUGUGGGUGGGUGAGUACGUGUGUGUGUGUGUGUGUGUGUGUGUGUGUGUUUGUGUGUGUUCCACUAAAAAACAAAUAUUCAGAAAGUGGAGAAAAUACAAAGAUUUUAAGAACAUAGACUUACCUACUACUAGAAACAGCUUCUGCCACAUCCUCUGCGGAAGGCACUGAUUUCUGGUUUGUAGAGGUUGCUCUUUCAUCAGUGACCUCAAAGAGUGGCCGGUCUCCUAGAAUAGUCAUGGAUCUCAUUGGGAGAGGUUGGAAGUAUUUCCUUAUGAAUUGGGCUUAUCUACUGAUAAAGAAAGGGAAGAUUUUAUGAGAAAUUGUUGAGGAAGAUGGCUAACAAUCUGUGAAGAUUUUGUUCUGUUUCUUUUUUGUUGGGUUUGAGUUUUGAUUUUUUUACUUUAUACAAUCUUUAUGAAUGGAAAUAUUAAUGCUCAAAAAAGACUUGGUCUUUUUUUUCUUUCAUAAUAGAAUGGAAGAUGACAAACUCACAUAGACUCUUUAUCGGCUGGCUAGAAAGGGUGGGGUUUGACUUAUUUGAAUCAGAGCAUUUUAAAUGUUCCUUUCUAUUUUCAAUCAUAAAAGAUUGUCUUAAUUUAUUAGUGUAGGCCCUGUUUGGCACUUCUCAAAUGGAUGAGCAUUCCCAUUCAAAGCAUGAGUUUUCCCAUGGUUUCAAAACAGGAAUGAUUAAUAUUAAGUAAUUACUUACUUCAAAAUACAGUAGAAGUGUGAGUCUCUGUUCCCAUUUCCCACAAAGAUCAUUAAGUCCUGAAUCUGAGGGGGGAUACUAAGGGAAUUUUUUUGUUGCUCGGUUUUGUUUUCAAUACUAGUGCUUAUUCCUAUAGUAUACAGAUUUGCUUCUCGCUAUUGUGAUAUUUUGUGAGACUUUCCUGCUAGGUAUUAGAAAUUGAUACAUAGAUACCUUUUUUUUUUUGUAUGGUUUCUAUUUAAAAGAAAAGAGAUAAGACUGUCUGAAGCUUAAAUGCAUAAGGUACAUGAUAAAGAUAUUACUUUAAAUAACAAGCCAUAUCUGGUACAAUCUUUCUUUCUUAUCGUUUUAAGGAAAACUUUCCCAGAUAAGACAGAGGCCCAGGGGACUUUUGAAACUGCCUUUGUUCCUCCAAUUCAUUUUUGCUUGUGGUGAUGUCUGCCUCAGAAUCUUUUAGAGGCUGGCCAGACCAAAUCCGACAACUAAAGAAUUGUCUUUUAAAACACACAUUACACAUGGUCCCUCUUAAUGAAUGAUUACACUUAUGUUGGACAUGAUUUUUUUUCUCUCCACUUAUUUUUUUUCUGUCAUUGAUAAGGGUUCUUAAGGAGAAGAACUCAUUAACAAAAAGUGAGAAAGCGUACAACAAAAAAAAUCUAAAUGCCACUGCCCAAUUGAAAUACGAGUUAAAAUGGAAACACUUUCUCCUACUGAAAACCCAGACUGAAUCACCUUCAAAAUGACCUUUCACAUCUUUCCAGUUUGCCUUUGUUUAAACUGUCUGGGCCAAAAAGCAAGCAUUAUUCAUUUUCUCUUGCCCAAAGUGAACUUGUGUAAAAUAGGAAAAUUAAAAGAACUGCUAAAAAUCCCUUCCAACCACUGGCUGACCCCCCACUCACCAGCUCACAGCAAAGUCUCCUCUGUUGAUCUAUAACAUAAUCUCAUUCGUUUGAAUAUUUACAUUGUACCUACUGCUAAAUGCACUGCAGGAGGCUCCAUCCAUAUCUGUGUCUCUGUAUCAUUAAACCUUCCAAACAUCAUACAGUGUAUAUUCAGUUUACAUGAAAGCUCCAAAUACUAUAUCAAACCUGAUCUCUCUUUGUUAAAGAUUUAAGGAGCUAUGAGAAUUUGGAUUACAACGUGCAUUUUGCUUCAUUUAUUUUUAUCACACUUAAAGGCCAAGGGUGAUGAUUAACUUACAGACAUUGAAUUAAUGUCCCUAGUGAAAGCUGAAAGUAAUAUUUGAUCAUUCAUUGUACGUGUUUUACACAAAAAACAUCUUCUAUCAAAUUAAUCCUGAUUGUAUUUGAAGUGGUUAUUCAAUUCAUUUAUGGCAGAGCAAUAUCAGUCCUAAUGACUCCUAAAAAUGUAACUAACUGAAUCAUUAUCUUACAUUUACUGUUUAGUAAGCAUAUUUUGAAAUUGUAUGGCUAGAGUGUCAUAAUAAAAUGGUAUAUCUUUCUUUAGUAAUUACAUUAAAAUUAAUCAUGUUUGAUUAACUGGU